CGCCUCACCUUUUGAGAAGCAGUGACGCUACCUACCUGAAAGCAAUUGACUCAGAAACGCGGAAGUGAGGUCAACUUAUCUUUAGCUCAGUACAGACGUUUUUAAUAUUGUACUUUUAGUAUAAUUAGAGCUCCAUGUCUGAAGCAAGGGUAAACGUUUCGUGAGUAAUGAAGGAAACGGCGCUCCAACGAGAGAAUAUGUAAAUGGUGAUACAUUUUCGCUCAAUUUGGAUUACGAGCGUAUUGCAACAUGUACUUCAAGAAUCCAGAGCAGGAUGGUAAUGAGCUGCAGGAGAGAAACACGGAUGGCUUUGACAAUACCAUGGAGGCAUUACUCCCAACUCUGCACCAGCAGAGAACAUAUGAUUAUGUUCUAGUUGCUGACAAAGUUGAGGACCAAGAUCACCCAAAGUUUCUGAAGCAGGUGGCUUUUAUUGACCACCUGAGGAAGAAAAACAUGGAAGUGACCAAAAUCGUUCAUGAUGACAAGGUGUUUUAUGGUGUCCGGGCCCCAAAGGAGAUCUUUGACAAGUACAGGUACCUACUAAAGGUGUCUGAUGCUUGCAACUGGAGCGGUGACCGGAAAUGUGUCAUCAUCCCUCACUCAACCAGGAUCAGAGUAGUGCAUUACAUCCUACACCACACCCAUAUCAACACAGGGGAGAACCUCAGAGAGCUCCAGGAGAAGGGUGUCUUUGAGGCCGCGUUCUGCCUGCAUGAGAGGAACAAGCAAAAGGUGUUGAAACAAAAGUGGGCACGAUGGUCUGCUCUCUGUACGACCCAGCCUGUCGAUGAUGUCAGGAGUUACUUUGGAGAGAAGGUGGCUCUGUAUUACCUGUGGUUGGGCUGGUACACCAUCCUGCUGGUCCCUGCAGCCAUUCUGGGUGUGAUUGUGUUCCUGUAUGCACUGGCUUUCUUCAACACCAGCCCCCUCAUAAAGGAGGUCUGUGAGUCUGACACCGUAAUGUGCCCGAGGUGUGACAAGUGGUGUCAAGUAUGGCAGCUGCGUGACACCUGUACCUAUGCCAAGGUGAGUCAUCUGUUUGACAAUGAAGGGACGGUGGCCUUUGCUAUGUUCAUGGCAGUCUGGGCUACCAUUUUUCUCGAGCUGUGGAAGAGACACAAAGCAACAUUUGUGUCCAAAUGGAAAGUCUUUGACUGGUGUGAGGAAGAGGAGGAGCUCAUCCUGGGAGUAGUGAAUGAUCCAGACUGCCAUCCCAAAGAGUUUCGCCAUUCUUAUCUGCGCAGCACUCUAGUUCUGGUGCUGGUCACUCUCAUGUUGGUUCUGAUCAUCGGGCUAACCCAGGCUCUGGUGGUGUUCCGUGUGGUUGCUGCCGUGCAGCUGUCAGAGGGAACAUGGGAGUUUGUAAGGGACCAUGCCAACACUGUAGCAGUAAUGUUGGGUGCUGUACUACACUACUUCACCAUGCAAGUUAUGACCAGAGUCAACAAGGCGGUGGCCUUCAAGCUGUGUGAGAUAGAGAAGACACAGUCAUUUGCGGCCACUGAGAGGAGCUUCACUGUUAAGAUGUUUACCUUCCAGUUCUUCACCCUCUUCUCCUCACUCAUAUAUGUGGCAUUUUUCCUGGGCAGGAUAAAUGGUCGCCCAGGCAGCUAUGUUCGUAUUUCUGGUAAAUGGAGAUUGGAGGAGUGUCAUCCCAGUGGCUGCCUCACUGACCUCUUCAUUCAAAUGGCCGUCAUCAUGUUGCUCAAACAGACACUGAAUAACAUCUUUGAGUUUACUGUGCCCUGGUUCAAGAGUUACUUCAGAAGGACUACAACUAAGAAGCUGGAAAGGAAGUGUGGCCACUGCUACAAAAAUGCAUGUCGCGAAGAGGAGAAGAUGGGCCAUGACCCAUGUGAUAUCUGCAAGCUGCGUGAUUGGCUCCGCAACUACGAUCUGAAUGACGUCAACUCUUUCAGUCUCUUCAAUGAGUUUCUGGAAAUGGUUGUUCAGUUCAGUUUCACCACCAUCUUUGUGGCGGCCUUCCCUCUGGCCCCUCUACUGGCCCUCAUCAACAAUAUCUUUGAGAUCCGUCUGGAUGCCAUCAAAAUGGUCAGCUUGGAACGCAGAUUAGUCCCCAAGAAAACCAAUGACAUUGGUAUAUGGACCAAAGUUCUGGAAGCUAUUGGUGUUAUGGCUGUCAUUGCCAAUGGGCUAGUCAUUGGGGUGUCCUCAGACUUCAUCCCUCGGCUGGUCUAUCGCUACCACUACGGACCCUGUGCCAACGGAGAAGCUGAUGUACACUGUAUGAAGGGCUACAUCAACGACACCCUAUCCACUGCUCAUAUAACAGACCUGAGCGUGCGGAAUGAUUUUUUCCCCAGUCAACUAAUCACAGAGAGCGGCUUCAAUGUUACACAAUGCAGCUAUAAAGACUACAGAAAUGAUGUUGACUACAGCCUCACCUCCCAGUUCUGGCUCAUCAUGGCUGUACGCUUUGCCUUCGUCAUCCUAUUUGAGCAUGUAGUGGUCAUCUUUAAAUGCAUUGCUGCCUGGUUUGUGCCUGACUCCCCCAUGCUGGUGAAGAACGACAGACUGAAGGAUAAACUCAGUAGGCUCAAAGAGGAACUGCAGGAUAUGAAGUGCAGCCAGUCCACAGAUGUGUGAUGACCACAACGGAGGGACAUCCUGAGACAUGACCAGCAUGACACAUGACUUUGAAGAUUUGAAAAAAGACACAUUAAAAAUUAUGCUCUCUGUACUGUCCUGAGAUCAGCAUCUUAUAGCAUAGCUAGCACGUGGUUAUGAGAGGUAGGAUAGCCUCCUCUCCCAACACCUCUGAGUUUUUCCCCACAUGGUCAACACUGUUUAUACCGGUGUGAUUAAUGGCAUGGAAAGAGAGCCUGUGACGCGACUUCCGCUUUUGGACGUUAACAAGGCGACACUCAAUCUUAACUCCUCCUCCACAUUUACCGGAUUGGUUGAACAGUGCAGAAGAUAAAGUUUUUUUUCUUCUCGUCAAGACCAGUAUGUAGGGGAUCUAGUUUCAGGCAUUUAUUUUUUCUAAUCAAAAGGGGACCAUCGCAGUCUUCCAGAAGUUUGGUUGGUGUGUAAAACGUGUGAAAUCUGAUAAAUUAAAAGGUGUGAUGGGUCCGUACACAAAAAUGUUGCAUAAAGAUGACUUAAUUAAAAUAAAAACAUAUUUUCACUGCAGGGAUAGCAUACAAACUUUCCAACUUUUCAACCUUCUUCAGUGUGUAGAUUUAUUUUAUGCCUGCUACAUUAGGUUAACCUAGCAGGGAUGUCUAUACAGUAACAGAGUUGGGGUUCAUUUUGUUUCACAAACUGUACAUGACAUACAAAUGAAAAACCUGAGUUGAAAUGUAUUGAAUACCGUACUCUGGCCAAUCACGUUUCACAAAGAACUGCGGUAGUUUUAUUUUGGGUAAGGGUGUGAAAUCCUGUUUUGCAAAUACUGUACUGAUGUUUACAUGCUUUUAGUAACCUAUGUUCUCUCAACACAUAGAAUCACAAAGUGUGAAUAAUGUAAUUUCUUUGUUAUAUAAUUAUGCAUCUCUUGACUUUCCUUUUAAUCCACUGCAUUAUUUCUUUAUUUGAAAUUUAAAUUCAAACAUAGCGUUGCUUUAUGUUCUGUAUGAGCAAGAGUUUUUGUAAAGUAUAAUUCAGAAAAUAUUUGAGCCAAAAAUUGAUAUUGUAUUGUUGUUGGAAUGGUGUACAUUUUGAGUUGCUGUAUUAUUAUUUUUUACUGUAUAUUGUACAUACAGUAUGUGACAGGGUUUUGCUCAUCAGUCA